AUGGAAUUGGAGAGCGUUGGGGGUCUGGCGAUGCACAUAAUACUCUCAAAAUUGGGUCCAUCAGAUGCUGCGUCGGUGAGUUGCGUCGGAAAGAGAUUUCACGUUUGGGCCUCCGACAACUCCGUUUGGGCCAAAUUCUGUUCCUUUGAUCUUGAGCUCUCUUCGCCUCUUGAUCCCCACGGCAACCCCGCCCCUUCUUUCAAGGCAGCUUAUCAAGCAUGGCGAGAAGCAUUUUCUAUGUAUCCAUGGUCACUGGUUAUACGAGCUAAACGAUGCUGGAGCAGACUCAAAAGCUGGUUAGCAGUGAACUUUCCAGAGGUUUUGCCUACUCUACGCCAGGGUGCAUCCGAAUCUGAGAUCAAUGAGUUUGAGAAUUCUAUGAAAGUAAAACUGCCCCUUCCUACGAGGCUUCUCUAUCGUUUUUGUGAUGGUCAAGAACUACCUAAUGAAGAGUAUAGUGGAAGCUUCCCUUCAACUUUGUUGGGUAUUAUGGGAGGCUACUCUUUAUACGAUCAUCUGGUUAAUGUGUUCCUUUUGCCCUUAAGUCAGGUGAUACUUGACACCAAGAGUAUUAUGCAUCACAUUGGAUUCAGCAAAAGAUCUGAGUAUAUUGUUGUUGCAGCUUCUGCUGCCUACAGUGAAAAGAUUUUCUUCCUGAACUGUAGCACCGGUCAACUUUUUGUUGGUACGAGGAAUCUUACUGGUGAUGGAGAAAUGCUUCCUUGUGUGCCAGAUACAUUGAUAAGUUCGGUGCAUGAAUCAAAAGGUAGUGAACAACAGGAUGCCAUGUUAUUAUGGCUAGAAGAACAUGUUCGUCGCUUGCAUGAUGAUGCUAUUAAGGUCCAAUCCUUAAGCAAAUUCUCAGAUGAUGGUGAUGUUACUUUUCAGGUCCGUGCUUCUGCUGUAUUUGUACCUGAGUUCAGUAACCUUCAAGAUGAAUCAGAGAAGUUUUUUUUUGCUUAUUCAAUCCGCAUGUCUCUUUCCCCUGGUGGAUGUGUCAUCAAAGGAAUGAAGUUCAGUUCUUGCCAAUUGUAUUGGAGACACUGGGCUAUACGUGCUAAUGAUGCUGUCAUAUCAAAUGUCAAUGGAGAAGCCGUAAUAGGAAGGGUAGGGUUUCUUGAUUAUAACUGUCAAACAUUUUCACUUGAUUAUGUUAGCUGUUACUCUUGA